AGGAAAAAAGAAAAGAAUCAAAAUCCGUCCUUUGCUGUUCCUGCAAAAAAUCACGAAGUUCUUUUGAUUCUGAAGAUUUCGCUUCUCUUUCAUCUCCGCGUCUUUCCUCUGUAUUCGCGCGCCUGUUUCGAGCUCCAUGAAGGUGGUUCCGCUUCUAGGAAGCUAGGGUUUCGCUCCAAUUCGCUGAGCCCGUUUCACGCGCAGGGACGGCGUCGCUCCCAGAUUCGAAGAGCAAUGAGCGCUGUGAACAUCACGAACGUCACGGUAUUGGACAAUCCCGCCUCUUUCCUCACUCCUUUCCAGUUCGAGAUCUCCUACGAGUGCGUCACUCCUCUCAAAGACGAUUUGGAAUGGAAGCUCAUAUAUGUAGGAUCUGCAGAGGAUGAGACAUAUGACCAAUUGCUAGAGAGUGUACUUGUUGGACCAGUCAAUGUUGGGAAUUAUCGAUUUGUGUUACAGGCAGAUCCACCAGAUCCAUCGAAGAUUCGGGAAGAAGAUAUUAUAGGAGUGACGGUACUUCUACUGACCUGCUCUUAUCUGGGUCAAGAAUUUGUCCGUGUGGGCUAUUAUGUGAAUAAUGAUUACGAUGACGAGCAGUUGAGAGAGGAACCUCCCCCAAAGGUACUCAUUGACAAGGUCCAGAGGAACAUUCUCUCCGAUAAACCUCGGGUCACCAAAUUUCCCAUCAACUUCCACCCAGAGAACGGUGGAAGCGGAGAACAAUCCCCUUCACUUGAUCAGCAGCCUACUGAAACUGAUGUCGAUGGGGAGCAACCAUCUGAUUUGCCAACAAAUCCGUCAGAUGAGCAGGUAUCUUAAGCGGCGACAAAACAAAGUCUAUUCCUGACCUUUGGUUUUCGAGCACUUUCAGGACCCACCAUGGUGCCAAAUUGGGAGAUGGUCGAUGCUAGAAUUUCGAUCGUGCCAGGCAUCUCAGCAUGUGAAGAUAUUUUGAGAGUAGCGGUUCAGACAAAGUUUCAAUCUAUGUUGGCUCCUCGACCACUGGUUCUUCUCUUAGCCCGUUUUAAUGAGUUCAUAUUUUUGUUUUUUCUGUUACAGAUGUCGAUUAGUAGGAGGAAUUUUGAUUUCUCUAACUUGCCCUGUGCUCGUAGUGUUCUGAGAAUUUGAAAUGAAAUGUUUGUGGCAAUUUUACAUUUGUUAC